AUGACUGUAUUGCCGCCAGAGGAAGGUCAGGAACAAAGUCCAUGGCAAUAUCGUUCCAAAGUCGCUCAGGAACUGGCAAAUGUUGUAGAAGUCUUGCGGAUCAGUUAUGGGGCAAGAGAACCUCUUCUUAGUAAUAAAAGGCUUUACCCAAACUUCUUUCGUACAGUCCCCAGUAACAAGAUACAAUAUGCAGCAUAUGUGAAGCUUUUGGAGAGAUUUCAGUGGAAUUGGGUUGGGAUCAUUACAACAGAUGAUGACAGUGGACGGCGAGAGCUACAGGAGUUGGUCAAACUAUUUACAUCUCAUCAGAUUUGUAUAGAAUUUACUAUUCUUAUAGUUCGGGAAAAUCUUUAUGAACUUCCUCCAGCUUUACAGGCUUCAUCUACUGAUGUUAUUAUUAUCUGUGGCUCCUAUAGUCUGACUUACUACAAGUUUUUAAACAAUGUAGCUCAUCUUCUAAAUAACAAGACUCUUAUACUUCCAAGUUCAUGGUCACGGGCAAAAGACCUUAUAUUUCUCAAAGAAACUCCUGGUAAUUGUAGUUUAUUGUUCUCCAUGUGUACAUACAAUUUCACAGGAAAAGAGUUUUUUAAUAUUGUUCAGUUAUCCAACCAACCUUCUGAUCCAUUGCUAGAAGAUAUCUGGAUGACUGUAUUCCAUUGCUAUACAGGAAAUAAAUUAAAGGAUUUUCUUAUGCCAAAAAUACAGAGAAGAACAUAUCGUAAUUGUUCUGAGGAGAUAAAACUUUAUCAAAAGUUAACUUUUUCUGGAGACAUAACUCCUUACCAAGUGUAUAUUGCUGUCUAUAUUAUGGCUCAGGCUUUACACAGAGUACACAUUUUACUUAACAAUAGGAAAAGAAAUACUUCAAGCAUAUAUGACUAUAAAAACAGGCUAGCACACUAUAUAAAAGAAAAAACUAUUGUGUUAAAUGAGAAUGGAGAUUGGAAUACACCACUGGAUAUUCUGAAUUGGGUAACAACAAAAUAUAAAGAAGAUGUAAUAACGUCUAAAAGGCUUGUCGGAAGUUUUGAUGAAUCUUUUCCAGAAGAUAAACAGCUGGAUAUUAAUCCCCAGAUAAUAACAUGGAGACAGAACUCAGUUCCUAAAGGUCGGUGUAAUGACCUCUGUCCACCAGGAACCAGAAAAGUCCUCAGAGAAGGAUAUCACAUCUGCUGCUAUGACUGUGUCCCAUGUCCAGAAGGGGAAUUUACAAAUCAUUCAGAUAGUGAAAAUUGCCAGAGAUGCCCUGAAGAUGAAUGGCCGAAUGUGGGAAGAAACACUUGUGUUGUGAGGUUUUAUGAGUUCCUGUCAUAUGAAUCUGAUGUUGCUUUAGUUUUCUCCCUCUUCUCCAUAUUAUUCUCUCUUAUAACUGUAUUUAUAAUCGGAAUAUUCACUUUAUUCCGGAAAUCUCCCAUUGUCAGAGCCAAUAACCAGAACCUAAGCUUCCUUCUCCUGACCUCUCUCAUGUUCAGCUUACUCUGUGUGUUUCUAUUCAUCGGUCGUCCAGUGGAUAUAACCUGCAUGCUGAGACAAAUCUUCUUUGGGAUCUUCUUCACAGUAGCCGUGUCUUCUGUCCUGGCCAAGACCAUCAUAGUCUGCAUAGCAUUCAAGGCCACCAGACCAGACAGCUCCUGGAGAAAGUGUGUGGGGGUUAAGCUUCCUUAUUCUGUAGUGUUGGUCUGUUCAUCUCUUCAGAUCCUGAAUGCAGUUAUCUGGUUGUCAUUGUCUCCUCCAUAUCAAGAGCUUAACCUGGAUUAUCCUGGGAAGAUAAUCAUUCAGUGUAAUGAAGGGUCUGUCUUGGCCUUUUACCUCAUGUUGGGUUAUAUGGGGUUUCUGGCGGCUGUGAGUUUUGUUCUAGCUUUCAUGGUGAGGACAUUACCUGAUAUCUAUAAUGAAGCCAAGUACAUCACCUUCAGCAUGCUGGUGUUCUGCAGUGUCUGGAUCGGUGCCAUCCCGGCCUAUCUGAGCAGUACAGGGAAACACAUGGUCACUGUAGAGAUAUUUGCCAUAUUGGCCUCAGUGGGAGGAAUAUUGAUCUGUAUGUUUCUACCUAAAUGUUACAAUAUCAUGAUGGAGCCAGAAAUGAAAAGUAAAGGACACUUGUCCCAGAGACUUGUUUUGUGAAUGAUUAUCUGAUCCCAAUUUCUUAGAUGUCUUUGUCACUGUCCAGUCUGUAUAUUUGGAAAAAAUGUAACUAGAAAAACAUCCAUCUCAAGUCCAUCUAUUAU